AUGGACCGAGGCAGCACACUGUCCGACUUCAGCAUCGAGCGCAUCCUCUCCCCGCAGCUCGGACACAAGAAUCCGCCGGUGAUGGACUACGCACCGGGUGGAUACUUCCACGGGAUCCCCGGCGGAUUUUGGACUCUUUACCCCGGCAACCUCAGCCCUCCUGCCCCGGCUCCGGAACCGGCUCCGAUCCGGGCCCCGGUCCCGGUCCCAGGCUGCCUGCAGUACCGAGGGAUGCGCUUUGUGGACGCCUUUCUCCCGUAUGGAGCAGCCGGUUUCCAUCCCACAGACUUCACCAACUUGUACCCAAACUCCGGAGAGCGCAUGCGCUUCAGCACCCAGGACUCUGCAGAUCCUCAGCAGUUGGCAGGUUACCAUAGUAACCAUCAGGCCAUGGUGUCCGCUGAGUCGCAGCUGCGUCAGAAGUCCCGGAUGAGGACGGUGUUCACCGACGGUCAGACCAAGCGGCUCGAGGUGCUGUUCGCGCUCAGCGACUAUCCGCCGGCGGAGACUCGCGAUGAGCUCGCGAGGAGCACCGGGCUGACCGAGGAGACAGUCAGGAUUUGGUUUAAGAACCGCAGAGCCAGGAGGAAGCGGCAGCGCAGCAGGUCAAAGGACAAACCCUCCUCCCCUUCGCCCAGCGGCGCCGGAGCCGAGAACAAGUUCUUCGCCUCCUUCCUCUGAACGCGGACGGACUGUCCAGUCUGCUCAGGGACGCGUUACUAUGGAUCCCACGUAACUUCUAGGCAAGUCGAAGCGGCCCGAUUGGUCGGGGUUGGGCAUUAACCUCGAGUGGUUAGGGUUAGGGUAGCUGACUGGUCAGGGGACAGGACCUGACGUUAAGCAUGGACAGCUGGCCAAUGGUAGCCUGUGAAUGCUAUUGAAGGGCGGGACUUGCCUAUAAGUUGACGUAGGUUCCACAAUAACGCCUCAGGGACACUUCGGACUGCAGAACGUUUCCUGAACUGUGACGAUGCAUUCAGAAGCCGCCGGGAAAAGUCAGACACCCGAGAGUCCAAACUAAAACCCCUUGUGGACAGUUCAGAUCUCUCCCCACUGACUGUUUACAGUGUUGAUUUUUAAAUUAUUUUGUAUUUUUAGCGUAAUUUAUUGAAUUCUUGUGUAUUAAAGAUUCCAGUUUGUAGGUUUUCAUAAAACAAGCAUCAUUUGUA